AUGUAUGUGUGUAUUACACACUCACACAUACAUAUAAAUGUACGUGUGUGUAAAAUAGUUUUUGUUUGUUUUUUCAAAGGCUUUUUCUCCGUGGUAUUUCUGAAUUCAGACCUUUUUCAUGGGCAUUUCCAGGUGAAAGGGUUAAAGGUUAUGAGAGACAGAGAGAGGGAGGCGAGUGCUGUUUUCUACUCAUAUUUUUUUCACAUUCCCUCCAGUGUUUGCUUGCCUGUGUAUGUUUCACCUGUAGGAAAGAAAAUUACUCAGUUCCUGCCAUUGGUGUCCCAGUCAUAUACUGCUAGAUCUAUAGACCUGUAG